CUAUUCAUUAUUAAACUAUUUUCCUCAUCAAAGGCUUGAAUUGAAGCCACUACUUGCUCUUCUCAGAACCCAAAUUCUCACUCUCUCUUUUGCUUCCAUCAUCUUCACUCUUCACCCCUCAGAUUCAUGUUUCUUUCUCUGUCAGAGAGCUCCAGCAAUAAGAAAAAGAAAAUGAUGGGAUUUUCCAAGUUGGGGCUUGAAAUUAAGUUGUGAAAGUUGAGAGAGAGUAGGUUAGGAUGGUUUUUGUUUGAGGUGAAAAAGAGAGGAAUUUGAAGCUUUUGGAAGCUUGGUUUUGUGUGAGUGUUUGUUUGAAGUGAAAAAGGGUCUGCAAUGGAAGAAGGGUUAGCUCAAAACUCAGUUCCACCUUCAGGUCCUAUUGAUAAGUCAAGGAUUCUGGAUGUGAAACCGAUGCGUAGUUUGAUACCGGUGUUCCCAAUGUCACCUCAAGCUCCAGCCUCUGGGCAGUACCCUUCAGGGUUUUCACCAUUUUUCCCAUUUGGUGCACCUCAGCAAGGAUCUUCGGGGGCCCCAAGGGGUGGUGCCAUACCGGCUCCGAUACGGGCUUAUAGGAGCCCUGCUGGGGCGGGAGACGGUGGGACGUCGAUGGAUGGGUCUAGUGGGAGGAAGAAUGCAGCUUCUCGAAGUGCUAGAUCGGCUGCAAAGAGGAAUAAGAAAGCUGUAGGAGUACCUGUUGAUGCAAGUGGUUUGGUUGGUAUAAGCCCGGCUCAAAGGGAAGACGGAAGCCGGGAAGUUGUUCAUCUUAUAAUGACAACAUUUGAUGCGAUUCGGAGAAGGAUCUGCCAACUUGAUGAUGCCAAGGAAUUGAGCACCGGGUCAAUCAAGCGGUCGGAUCUUAAAGCUUGCAAUACUUUGAUGAGCAAAGGGAUUCGAACAAACUUGAGGAAGAGAGUGGGAGCAGUUCCUGGGGUUGAGAUAGGGGAUAUCUUCUAUUUCCGAAUGGAGUUAUGUAUUGUUGGUCUGCAUGCUCCCUCCAUGGGUGGAAUUGACUCUUUGCAUGUGAAGGGUGAGUUCGAGGAGGAAAUUAUCGCUAUAAGCAUUGUUUCAUCAGGAGAAUAUGAUGAUGAAGCUGAGGAUAAUGAUGUUAUAAUUUAUACCGGUCAGGGUGGGAACUUCAACAAGAAAGAUAAGCAUGUGACAGAUCAAAAGCUUGAAAGGGGUAAUCUUGCUUUGGAUAGAAGUUCACGACAACGCAACGAGGUAAGAGUCAUUCGGGGCAUAAGAGAUGGCGCCAAUCCAAAUUCAAAGAUCUAUGUCUAUGAUGGUCUGUAUAAAAUCCAAGAUUCUUGGGUCGACAGGGCAAAAAGUGGCGGUGGUGUGUUCAAGUAUAAGUUGGUAAGAGUUCCGGGGCAGCCGAGUGCGUUUGCUGUUUGGAAAUCAGUUCAGAAAUUCAAGUCUGGAUUCCCUUCGAGGACCGGGCUUAUUAUUGGAGACCUCUCCUCAGGAGCCGAGAGUAUUCCGGUAUCACUUGUCAAUGAUGUUGAUAAUGUGAAGGCGCCUGCAUAUUUCACUUACUUCCAUUCCCUCAGGCAUCCGAAAUCGUUCAGUUUGAUGCAGCCUUCACAUGGCUGCAGCUGUGGUAAAUCAUGUGUCCCUGGUGAUUUGAACUGCUCUUGCAUUAGGAGAAACGACGGAGAUUUUCCGUACACCGGUGGCAGCAUUUUGGUGAGUCGAAGGCCGCUGAUUCAUGAAUGUGGCCCCACAUGCCAGUGUUUCCCUAACUGCAAAAAUCGAGCCUCCCAGACCGGUCUGAAGCACCACAUGGAAGUAUUCAAAACAAAGGAUAGAGGAUGGGGUCUUAGAUCACUGGAUCCUAUUCGUGCCGGUUCUUUCAUUUGUGAGUAUGCAGGAGAAGUUAUUGAUCAAGCAAGGUUGAAUCAGCUCGCGAAGGAAGGAGAUGGUAAUGAAUAUGUUUUCGACACAACUCGAAUUUAUGAGGAAUUCAAGUGGAACUAUGAACCUAGAUUACUCGAAGAAGUUAGCACAAAUGACUCUACAGAGGACUACACUAUGCCGUAUCCUCUUAUUAUUAGUGCCAAGAAUGUUGGGAAUGUAGCUAGAUUCAUGAACCAUAGUUGCUCCCCGAAUGUUUUCUGGCAACCUAUCUUAUAUGAAGAAAACAAUCAAUCAUUCCUACAUGUGGCGUUUUUCGCAAUCAGUCACAUUCCCCCGAUGACCGAGUUAACCUAUGACUAUGGUAUUGCUAGUUCUGGGCAUGCUGGUGGUAGCAGAGAUUCCAAAGGGAAAAAGAGGUGCUUAUGUGGAUCGUCAAAAUGCCGCGGUUCCUUUGGUUGAUAUUUUGUUGCAGAAGCUUUCCGACUGGCACGAUAAUGAGAUGGAUGAUGGCACUCUUAUGUCAAAAGUCAAAUCCCAGUUAAGAAGUUCCAAGCUUUUUGGAUUCAUGCUUCCAAAUAUCAUUUUCAAGAGUUAGUUGUGUUUAGUGGCUAUUAAUAAAUUGUGUAUGUCUCUUUCUCUCUUUCUUGACAUGGCCCUUUUUUCCAUAUCCAACUUUAAGAGAAAAAAACAAGUUAAUGGAAGUUGUAUAAUUUGUGUUAAAUUUGGGCUAGCAAAUUGGCCAUGAUACAAUGUUUGUGUGACUUUGUUCAUCUUAACUAGGUAAUUAAUGUUGCUUAGAAAUGCUUCAAUUGUUUUGA